AUGAGCUGUGCGUCUAUUCUCAUCACAUUCAACGAGGUUCGAAGUGGGGUGCAGAGGUCCGUGAGGCACCCAGGACUCAAGACACACGCCACACUUCUCUACCCCAUACCACGCCACUGUCGUCCUUUUGGUCCAGUCUACUUACGGUCGCAGGCUACAGUGACACUCGUGUGGCCGCCGCACUGUACUCCUGUAGGAAUGGACAAGAGGACAGCCUCCACGCGUCCGUCGUGGAGCUGGGGAUGGACCGUCUUCCAGCAGCGCACCAGUGAUGCCGUCAGCCAUCAUUUCUUUCGUAUUUGGAUUAUCAAUUGGGCUUUGGCGACCUGGAGGGUGAAUUCUGGCUUGGGCCUUGACCUUCCGCACCAGCUGACCUCCACCACCCUGCAGCAGCUACGAAUUGAUCUGGACGAUUACGAGGGAGAACAUCGGUACAGUGGACACGCAGGGAAUAGUCUGUUAGAACAUAACGGCGUCCCAUUCAGCACACAUGAUGCUGACAACGACAAGGCAAAGCAAAACUGUGCCUGA